AUGAGGAACGAUGAUCCACGAGAAGCCAUUGGUCACAAGCAAAGCAUCAUCAAACACACCAAGCAAAAGCUGUUUCAACUCAUUGUGGAUUCCUACCGUCUGGAGCAUCGAAUCAGUGCUAAACAUGGUAUACUACAGCACAAGAGCAUCCCAUUUUAUCAAGUAAAGCAGCACAAAGAGGACAAUCGCACGGCUCGUCAUCGGGUGAAUCAAGCGGAAGAGACCAUCAUGAAUAGCAUUGACGAGAUGAAAUGA